CUAUCUUUUCUUUUUUCCUCUCAGCUUUUGAAGGAGAUGAAGAAGAUCUUGGUUCGUGGUUCAAUCGUUACAGGAAAAGGCCGUAGUUUUAGUUGAAUAAAUAACAGUUCCUGCAAGUUCAAUCCUACAAGAAAGGCUUGUUCUUCGACCGUAAAGCUUCAGGAUUUGUUGGUUUCAACUAAAGGGGUCACCAUGUCUUACUUGCCCGCUCGAAAGGGGAGACACAGACAACGGUACACGGAUCAUCUGAGGCUUGUUGCUGGGUGUAUUCCAUACAGACUGGAGAAUGAUACCGAAGAAAGCAGGAUCAGUGUUCUAAUGAUAUCCACGCCGAACCGUGAUGAUCUUGUUUUCCCCAAAGGCGGAUGGGAAGAUGACGAGACCGUGCACGAAGCGGCAUGUCGGGAGGCCCUCGAGGAAGCUGGAGUCAAAGGAAUACUCGAUGUAGGAGGAUCCACUGGAGUGUGGGAAUUCAGAAGCAAGAGCAAACAGAACAGCUGCAGCCUUGAAGGUGGUUGCAGAGGUUACAUGUUUGCCUUGGAGGUGACCGAGGAACUCGAUUCGUGGGCCGAACAGAUCACUUACAACAGGAAAUGGGUUUCGCCUGAAGAGGCGUAUAAGUUGUGCCGGUACGAUUGGAUGAGAGAAGCGCUGGGGGUACUGUUGAGAGGGAUGAAGAGGCGGCAGCAGCAGCAGCAGAUGUUACCAGCUGGUUGCUCUGCAAACCCAUCAAACCUUGAAGAGUCUUUACAAAUAAGUGUAUUGUCCAGGUUAAUGACUUCAACUCCUAGCACUAGGCAAGUGUUAUGAGUUACAUAAUUGUGAUUAA